CCAUAUCCUGCUUCAAUGCCAUAAGCAUUGGCUCAUUUGGUCCAAAAUCAUUAAGUGGUGGGGUUUAGUUUGGUGUUGCCCAAAGAGCUUCUCAGAUUUGUGGUCUCAAUGGACUUCCAUGGUGCAUGGUCAUUUUCAGAGGAAGGCGUGGCUGAUGUUGUUCUUCUCAGUGGCAUGGUCUCUUUGGCUACUUCGAAAUGAUCUGAUCUUCCAACAGAAGACACCUGACUAUGAUUCAAUAUUCUUUCUUAUUAUCACCCGUCUAUGUCUAUGGCUAAAAGCUAUCCAUUCUGAUUUCCCAUACUCCCCUUCAGAUCUGAUCAGAUCGGCAGAUGGCUUACUUCGGUGGUCCAAUGCCCACUCCUUCAGGAUUCAUAAUAUGUGGUCUCCUCCUAUGAUUAAUAGCCUCAAAUGGAACGUGGAUGGCUCGUCUCUUGGUAAGCCAGGCCCUUCUGGAAUAGGUGGUGUACUGCGAAAUCAUCAUGGACAUCUUCUCGGCUGAAAGCAUAUUUUGGUUCAAUCACCUUCUCCCAUAUCUUCCGUGAAAGUAAUUGCAUGGCAGAUUGCAUGGCUAAACAAAGAGUGCAGAGAUCAAGUGAUUUUGUUGCCUGGCUUUGACUACACUUUUUUUUUCUAUGGCCUUGCUCUUGUGUCUUCUCCCACUAUGUCUUUGAGUUAUUUUCGUUUUUGUUUUGUAGAGGAUUGUUUAGCUUUGAGCUCAUUCGGAUGGCUAUUCUAAGGUUUUCUUUGCUUUUGUUUUUCUUAUACUGCGCUUUAUCCUAUUUAUGGCUUUUUGCCAUAGUACGAUAUUGUGUAGUUUCUGUACUA